GCUUCCUUCACUGGAGGCGGGACUCACAGGGACGGCCUAUAGGAGCCGGCAUCGAUUCAGCCAAUAGGGUCCGGGCAGGGGCGUGGCGGGAAGUUUGAAACUCAGCUUCGGGAGUUAAGGAUUGAGCCACUUGGAACCCAGAGGUGAAAUUGGGGCCCGGCAUACCCUCCUCUCCUGGGCCGGGCCCUGCCCCAUCCUAUUUCUGCUGGUUACAAUGGGCUCAGCUAAGAGCGUCCCAGUCACUCCAGCGCGGCCUCCGCCGCACAACAAGCUUCUGGCUCGAGUGGCGGACCCCCGUUCACCCAGCGCCGGCAUCCUGCGCACUCCCAUCCAGGUAGAGAGCUCCCCACAGCCAAGCCUGCCAGCAGGGGAGCAGGUGGAGGGACCUAAGCUGGUCCAGGACUCAGAUCCCCGCUCCCCUACCCUUGGCAUUGCACGGACACCUAUGAAGACGAGCGGAGAUCCCCCAAGUCCACUGGUGAAACAACUGAAUGAUGUAUUUGAGACCGAAGACCCCAAAUUAAGCCUUCCCCCCGAAGCUAUUCUGCCCCUAGAGACAACUUCAUCUCCUCGACUGGACUUGCCUCUGGGCACCCAGGUUUCCGUUGAAGACCAGGUGCCUCCUGGGAGCCGGACUGAGCUCCCUGCCGAGCAGGUGUUUGCCAAGGAGAAAACAGGACAUGCCUCAGAAACGCCUGUGGCCAGCCAGGUCUCAGACAAGCCCUUGCGAGACCCCGAGACUCCUCGAUCUUCAGGUUCUAAGCGCAGCAGGCGGAAAGCAAACAGCAAAGUGCCAGGGAGGUCUCCUCUCACCGUCCUGCAGGAUGACAACUCCCCCGGGGCUCUGACCCCACGACAGGGUAAGCAGCCUUCCCUGAGUGAAAACUUUAGGGAACUAAAGGAAGGGGCCGUUCUGGGAACUGGACGACUUCUGAAAACUGGAGGACGAGCAUGGGAGCAAGGCCAGGGUCAUGACAAGGAAAACCGGCACUUCCCUUUGGUGGAGAACUAGACCGUGCCUGGCUCCAGCACCAGACUCCCCAAGGGCCUGGCCGUGUUCUGGGUCCUCCCACCCCUUCUUGCCCUGGGAGACUGGAAAGGUUCGUUCUCUUAACUCCCCCUAAACUGCCAAGCCUGGGACUCAGAGCUUCGUUGGUUUUCUUUGUGUCUGAUGUAUUUCUGUGUAUUAAAGCAAGUGAUUUUAAGUUA